AUGGCCAAGAGAAAAACAAAGAGAAGAACUCAUCAGAAACCAAGUGAGGAGGAGGCUGCUAAAAUUCCCAAAUCCAUGGUGAUCCAUCUAGGCUCAUCCUUGAAGAAUCACUCACUAUCCCAACUUGUAUCUGACUUUCGAAAUGUCAUGCAACCGCAUACAGCUAUCAACUUACGAGAACGUAAAUCCAAUAAAUUGAAAGAUUUCAUAGUCAUGUGUGGGCCAUUGCAUGUGUCUGACUUGUUCAUUUUCAAUCAAACCUCAUCGGGAAACAUUACAUUGCGUAUGGGUAAAUUACCAAGGGGUCCUACAUUGCAGUUUAUGGUCAACACUUACUCCUUGUGUAAGGAUGUAAGAAAAAUAUUGAAACAUCCAAAAUCUGUUGGCAAGGAUAGUGCUGAAUUCCACCAGCCGCCAUUGUUGGUGUUGAAUGGGUUUUCCAACAAUGUCAAGGAGAUGCCGAUGCAUGAAAAAUUAAUGGUCACCAUGUUUCAAAAUAUGUUUCCACCAAUUCAACCACAAAACACCAAGGUCAAUACAAUCAAGAGAGUGUUGCUCAUUUCCAAGGAUAAAACUACCGGGCAAAUUGAACUCAGGCAUUACUCAAUAAAUACAAAACUCGUUGAAGAGAGUAAAAGUGUAAAGAAACUUAUUCAAUCACAUCACAAUUUAAAGAAAAAAUUGCCCAAGAUGACCAAUGCUCAGGAUGUUGCUGAUUUGAUUUUGGAUCCUUAUGCAAUCGGAGGAUUGACUUCGGAUAGUGAAGUGGAAGAUGACGCUGUUGUUGAAGUGCAACAUGAGGAGUUUCUCAAAAGACAAUCACAACAAAAUGAGAAUCAACCACAGCAGCAAGAAUCAAUCACAACUUCAAAAAAGAGAGCCAUCAAGUUAAUCGAAUUGGGACCAAGGAUAAACAUGUCAUUGUUGAAGAUUGAGGAAGGUUUAGUUGGAUCAUCAAAAACACUUUAUCACUCAUCUGUAUCCAAGUCGACAGAAGAAGCGCAAAAGCUUGAUGCUAAACACAAGUUGAAAGAAAAGUUGAAGCAAGAGAGGAGAGCAAAACAACAAGCAGCGGUGCAAGCCAAGCUCGAUAAGAAGAAGGCAAAGAAAGACAGGAAAAAGACAAGAUUUGCUGGUGAAGGUGGUGAAGACAAGGCUGAUGAUGGGUCUAGUGGUGACGAGGGCGCUGAUGAAGAUGAAGACAUGCCUGAAAUUAAUGCCGAAGAUUACGAAAAUGAUAGUGACUUGUAUAGUGAUGUAGAGGUAUAG